AUGGAGAAGUUGAUGGGUUCGUGGAAGAGGUUUUCUCUCUCAGAGUGCGAAGGCGAUAAGUUUGCUGUCCAAGAGGAGAAUACGGUGGAGGAGCAUAUAUUGGCAGUGAAGUUUUUGACUCGUCGAGUGCUGAAUAUGGAGGCCAUAGCCAGGACUUUUACACUCUUGUGGAAGACCAGGAAAGGGUUCGAGAUUAGAGACAUGGGGGAUCAUAAGAUUCUCUUCGUGUUUCCUGAGGAGGCAGAUAUUGAUAGGGUUUUGGAAGGGGAACCCUGGUCUUUUGAUCGGCAUCUCGUGGUGCUGCAAAGAGUUGACAGAGAUGCUGCAAUCCGAUCCCUGGAUUUUAGUGUGACCCGCUUCUGGAUUCAGGUCCAUGACUUGCCGGUUGGAAGUUUCUCUUUGGAAUUGGCUAAGAAGAUUGGGUUAGUAGCUGGCAAGGUCGAGAACCAAAUGACAGAUGAGGGAGAUCAGUAUGGAGUUAAUUUCUUUCGGUUAAGGGAAGCGGUCGAUAUCCAAAAACCGUUAUGCCGUGGACGUACUAUUAUUACGGCUAGAGGAAAGGAGGGUUGGGUUAACUUCCGAUACGAACGACUGCCCAAUAUCUGUUAUUGGUGCGGAAAGCUUACCCAUGGAGAUAGAGAAUGCCCACUAUGGAUUAGAAGUAGAGGUACUCUCAAGGCUGGUGAUCAGCAGUUCGGUGCAUGGCUCCGUGCAACCACGCCAAAUCCUUUUAAAAAAACAGUUAUCCGUGUGCCGAGUUUGGACGAGGAAGAUGGUUGGAAUGAUUUUGAGAUGCAUGGAGAGAAGGAUGCGGUAGAAAGCAGUCCAAAGGAAGUUGGCGGAAGUGGUUCCAGUCAAGAAGCAGAACAGAGUAGGGAGGAGACCGAUAAUCAAGUUGGUCAGGUGGCCGACCGGGAAGCAGAAUUGGACAGCUCCGAUCCACGGGAGACCAGUUUGGAAAGUCCAAAUAUUGCGGAGCCGGUGUCGCUUCGUAGUAAAGAAGUAACGGUGCAGAAAUCUUUAUUUCAGGAGCAAUUGGAGGAGAUUGAUUACGAAAUUUCCAAAUUUGAUAACAUAAAAGUCAACGAAGUCAAUGAUGACCAUAAUGAGGUCACGCUCCACCAACAGGAAGCUGAGAAUAAGUUAAGCAAUGGGCCUGGGCUGUUGGGCCGCUCCUCUAGUCCGGGUGUAGUGCAAGAUAAAGGGAAAAAUAAGGAGAAGGGCUGGGUACGUAGAGAAAGAAGUCAAGUUCGGCCCACUGAACAUCAUUCUUCCAUUUUAUCCAAAAGAACUUCCAAAGACGUGAAUGCAGAAACAGAGGAAACAGAGGGGCACAAGAAGAAGGUAGCAAAGUCUGAUUUAACAUUAUCGGUGGAGGCUAGUUCCCAGCCCCGCCGGAACCAAUGA